CCUUUAUCGUCCGCUGAAUGGAGGCAUGCUGUGAAUACUGUACGGUGCACCGCCACGCUCCUUGGAUCUUCGCUGCUCGGAAGGCUGGAACCUCGAUUUACAUCAGCAGAGCAAAGAAAAGAAAACGUCAAGAUAGAACAUUUAUAAAAGUUAGUGUGAGAAGUAAGUGGGUGGUGAAUUUGUUAAGAACAAUAUAGAGAGUAAGGGUACAAGAUAAGUACGAAAGUGGUAAAUGCAGUGGCUGAAGAAGCGAUGGACCCAUCGUUGUUUGUCGCAUACACUCCUCAAACAAACGGAGUUCCAUCGGAGUCCAAGCUUGCUACCUACAUGAAUCACCAAAGUCCUGGCAUAGGCUUGAGCACAAACUCAAUGACCAAGCAUUUGUCCAAUCUUUCUCUGGACUCGCAAAAGAAGGUAACUGCCAGUCCCGAAUUUGUGCCAGGAAGAGGCCUUACGGGCAGCAAUAGUAGUUCGCCGAAUCUCUUUAACAAUUCCUACACUCAUUCGCAAGAAAAUGUAGGUGGCACGACAUACUUCUAUUUUGGGAAUACCGGCAGUGACGCUGUCGGAUCUGAGGAUGGUACUGAGGCCAUUGGACCCGUAGCAACGGGACAGAUUGGUUACGUCUAUCCGGGCACACCUUCACAUCUACAACCUGUGAAAACGGUAAAACCACCCUCUUCUAAUAAUUCCUCUGCUCCCUCCACCCCUCCCCCUCAGGCUACUCCCAGCUUCUUUGUCAGUGAAAACUUGCGACUGGACAUCCUGCAAAAGAACGCAUUGACAUUGGCACAGCCCGAUAUCGUACGAUUUCCUGACUUACCUAAUGAGGUUGACAAUUAUCACGAACUCUGUCCUCUGGAGCCAAUUCAUAAACCUGCUUCGACGGUUCUUGGGUAUCAAACUUCUACGUACAAGGCCACCAGUAUCAAGACUGGCACGCGAUACUGUUUACGUCGUAUUCACGAUUUUCGACUCGCGAACACCAAGUGUAUGGUACUGGUUGACAUGUGGAAGCGAUUGUCACAUACAAAUCUAGUUCAGCUGAGAGAAGUUUUUACCACUAAGGCAUUCGGUGAUCAUUCCAUGGUUUUUGUAUAUGAUUAUCACCCUGCCUCGGAGACAUUACUGAAUAAACAUUUUGCCUCAACUGAGCUUAACGGUUACACCGACCCGUUCUCGUCGGAUCCCAAUGCACCACGGCCUUAUAGUCAUACCAAGAACACUAUUCUAAGACAGCAACAUAGUAGCAUGCUACCGGAAAGUGUUAUUUGGAGUUACAUCAUUCAACUCACUGCCGCAUUUCGUGUUAUUCAUGCCGCUGGUUUGGCAUACAGAUGCUUAGAUCCCACCAAGGUAUUACUUACCUCACGGACGCGACUUCGUUUGAGUUGUGUCGCCAUUCCAGACGUGGUCACUCUAGAUGGAAACACUGCAAAUCCACUUACCCUCAUCCCACAUUAUCAGCAAGAAGAUUUAGUAGCACUUGGCAAGCUGGUCUUAGCACUGGCAUGUCGAAGUCUUAUCGCCGUCCAUCGCGACAAUAUGUCAGCCUCCAUCGAGCUGAUUACACGUUCCUACUCCACCGACCUUCGAAAUCUUAUUCUGUACUUGCUGUCGAAUCAAUCCCGUAAGAGUGUCACGGAUCUCAUGCCAAUGAUUGGUGCAAGAUUUUAUACACAAUUGGAUGCCGCCCAGUUACGAUUGGAUGUUCUGGAGAACGAACUUGCCAAGGAACUAGAAAACGGACGAUUAUUUAAAUUGCUGGUUAAGUUAGCAACCAUCAACGAAAGGCCGGAGCUUAAUAUGGAACCUACGUGGGCAGAGACGGGCGAUCGUUAUAUGCUCAAAUUGUUUAGGGACUAUGUAUUUCAUCAAGUCACAGCUGAUGGAAGACCUUGGCUGGAUCUUGCGCAUGUUGUAUCCUGCUUGAAUAAACUCGAUUCGGGUUCGCAGGACAAGAUAUGCCUCAUGUCUCGAGAUGAGCAGAGUGUUCUAGUAGUAAGUUACGCAGAGCUACGGCAAUGUCUGGAAACGUCAUUUGGUGAACUGGUACAAUCUACAAAAGAUGCUGUUUAAGGAUAUGUCCUCAAUAGCGCAUACUCCGAACCAUAAAUGUGAUAUCAUCACUUAGCGGUACUAUCAUUUUACUCUUUAUCGCAACACUGGAGAGUGAGAACUGUCGAAUUGUGUUUGGUGAUAUAAGAAAUAACGCGCAACUCAGUUUUGUAUACAUAAUUUUGAUCGUCGAAUUAAUUAGGUACGAACGCAUUACAAAUGCGUUGCAUUUAGGAUGUAAGAUGUUAAAUUUUCGGGUCUUUA